CCGCGAGGGAGGGGCGGGAGCCCUCUUGGCCGCGGUUGGGGGCUGCCGUGAAGGUGUCAUGGCUGCUGCUGCGGAGCAGAGUUCCUCAAGCAGCAGCGAGAGGAACCUGGAGGGAAGCUCCAGCCCCCUCCUCACCCGCGAGGUGCUCUGCGAACUCUUUCGUUCCCUGCACACCCUGACUGGACAGCUUAACCUCAGAGAUGAUGUGGUGAAAAUUACAAUCGAUUGGAACAGGCUCCAGAGCCUCUCUGCAUCCCAGCCUGCAUUGCUUCUCACUGCACUUGAACAACACGUUUUGUGUUUACAGCCUUUUUUAGCAAAACUUCAGUCUUCAAUUAAAGAGAAUUCAACUGCUGUAGAAGAGACAAGACAAACAGAAGUAGAGAGCGAGAGUGAAGUAAAUGCUAAGCAUCCCACUGGGGACCUACAAGAUGAAGGGAAGCCCAAAGACUGUGAUGUAGAUGUGAAAAAGACACAAGUCCAUUUUGAUCCAGAAGUAGUUCAAAUAAAGGCUGGCAAAGCAGAAAUUGACAGACGAAUAUCUGCAUUUAUUGAAAGAAAACAAGCUGAAAUCAAUGAGAACAACGUCAGGGAAUUUUGCAAUGUUAUUGAUUGUAAUCAAGAAAAUAGUUGUGCAAGAACUGAUGCCAUCUUUACUCCUUACCCUGGAUUUAAAAGUCAUGUCAAGGUUUCUAGAGUUGUGAAUACAUACGGCCCGCAGACUAGACCUGAAGGAACUGCAGGGUCAGGUCACAAACCUACCGGCAGGCUUCGAGACUGUGGAAAUGAGGCCACGGAAGAACGACUCCGGAAUAUUGAGGCUCACCUGCGACUGCAGACAGGUGGCCCAGUACCAAGAGACAUUUAUCAGAGAAUUAAAAAGCUUGAAGAUAAAAUCCUUGAAUUGGAGGGCAUCUCUCCUGAAUACUUUCAAUCUGUAAACUUCUCUGAAAAAAGAAGAAAAGUCCAGCCUCCUCAACAGAACUAUUCCCUGGCUGAACUGGAUGAGAAAAUUAGUGCCCUCAAACGAUCCCUGCUCAGAAAAUCAAGAGAAGCAGAAUCCAUGGCAACUCACCACCUUCCGUGAGAACUGCCUCAUCACAAUGCUUUCCUUUAAGAUGCAUGUGCGUGUAACUUACAUGUGAUUAACUGUUUGCAGCAUAUUUAUCAACAUAAACUUUUCUGUGAAGUCAAGGUUUAUUUUCACAUGAGUCUGACUUGCAGCACACAAUCAAGUAUUCCAGUGUCUGGAAAUGAUGUCAACCUUGAAAAUAGCACUGUAGGAAUUUAUUUCCUUCUGUUUUAAAGGAGGCAUUUUGGAUAUUGAAAAACUUAAUUUGAAAUAACUUCUUUUGGUGAUCUACCAGAGAUUAUUAUUUUGAUAGUGAUAUUUAAAAGGACUUUAUAUUUAUAACAUUGGAUAACCAGUUUCUUAGUUUAUAUUAGUAUUUUGUACAUAGUGGGCAAUUAUCAAAAAUUUAUUGACAAAAAAAACCCUGACAAAUGCAUGUAUAUAAACUUUUUUCCAUAUGUUUUUCUUACUGUAAAUAAACAGUUGAUCAACUUUAUCAUUCUGCUGGCUGUGUGGCCUUGAUCAAGUUAAUCUCUUUGUGCCCUGAUUUGCUGCUCUAAAGAGAAAGGACAGGAGAGCCUCCUUCAUUGAUGGCUGUGAAGAACAGUGAGCAGAAUCCUGCUGCUCUGUCCUGAAGGAGUGAUGUAGUGCACAUUAGCAUUUAAUGCGUCCAUCUUUGGACAGCAAUAAAGCCUCCACAGAGAAGUUUUAUCGCCACAGCUGGAAACAGCAUGUAAAAGAUGCAGCUGCAGUACGUCCAGUAAAUACACCGUAGCUGUUUGAGGAUUGUUUGGCGGCAGGAAUCAGAACUGUCCCUCGGACCACUUGUAAAUGAGGAGAGGUUAGAAGAGAAUCGGGAACCCGGAGCUUGACUGGAGGAAGCAUAGCCAGCCAUCAGUCUGACUCACUGGCCUGACUGUGCUGUCCGCAGCGCACUCUGUUUCCGGCUCUCCCUCUCUGCCUUUUCUUGACGGCAUGUGUCACUUAUGCAGUCAGGGUAUUCUCUCUACUGGCUGGCCUUUCCAGCCCUCUCUGCGCUUUGGCUUCACCAUGUGAACUGAUACAAUAGUUCUGUCUCUAUAACCUCAAUUUAUAUUCUUCAAUGGCUGAGCCAUCUCUGUAGCCCAGCUUAACUUCUUUUUUUUUGGGGGGGGGGGGGUUGUUACCAUUUAUUUGUGAAGUUAAAAACAAGCUUUAAAAAGUAAAAACUGCCAUACAAUUUUUUUUUGUUGUUCUGUUCUCAUUUUUUUUUCUCAGUUUAUCUCAUCUUCAACAGAUGACAACGUACCAGGCCAG